AUGGGGGCCAGUUGCAACGAUCAGAGAAAAGCUGUGGCAAUAUGCUUGCAGAGAUCUCCUUGUGUGAUGAUCGAAAGAAAUACACCGAAGAAAUGUCUUGAGGAUCCUGAACUGAAAAAGGAUUUGCCGGAGCUUUGCUUGGCACAAAUGAAAGCUUUUCUGGAGUGUAAAAGGGGAAUGGUGGAUAUGACUAAACGAUUUAGAGGGAAUGGUACGUUGUCCACUGGAAAGUACGAUCAACAGUAUGAGAAUCUCUCUACCGGCAAUUUUGAUCCCCGAGAGGAAAUGCAAAAGUUGAGAAUUCUGGAUGGUCAAAAUAAGGAGUGA